AGGGUACCAUUACCACAAAAUGUCUGAAGAAGGUGGAAGCAAGAAUUAUGAGUUGCAGAUAGUGAGAGGUCUGCCUUUUCCAGCAGUCAAAUGGUUUAACAAAAAAAACAUUGAAGAUGCAUUAGACUACAUGCCUCAGGAUGGAGACAUCAUCAUUGCUUCUUAUCCUAAAACAGGAACUACAUGGCUCCAAUACAUCGUCCUGCAAAUACUUUCAAAAGGUGAUUUAUUCCCCAGCUUUGAUGACGUCACAUACCAUGUAGUUCCAUUUAUGGAAAUGACUGGAAUUGCAGCCGUAGAAGCCUUAAGAAACCCUAGAGUAUAUAAACACCACAUUCCCUACAAUAUGGUGCAAAAAAAUCCGAAAUCCAAAUGUCUCUAUAUUUAUCGAAACCCUGAGGAUACUGUGGUAUCUUUUUUCCAUUUUAUGCAAAAUAUGCAGGAAGAAGAAAAGAAUUUCAGUGAUUUUUUUGAGCAGUUCCUUACCGGAAAUAUAGGAUACGGACGUUAUUUUGAGCAUAUCCUCUCCUUCCUAGAGCAUAAAGAUGAUGAAAACUUGCUACUUAUAUCCUAUGAAAAAUUACACAAAAACAGGAAAGAAGAAAUUUUAAGAAUAGCGAAGUUUCUUGGUGAGAAUUACUUUCAGCGACUUCUGGAGGAUGAAUCAGUAAUACGUAAAGUAAUUGAGCAUACUAGUUUUGACUACAUGAAAAAAAACUUAACCUUAACUCAUCCGCAAAAAAAAGAUGAAGGUGAAGGUUUGAAGACAGUUGCCUUUUUUAGAAAAGGAAUUGUUGGUGAUGGAAAAAAAAUGCUGUCGACUGAACAGCAGAAGAGAUUAAGAGAAGUUGCAGAAAAAGUAAUGGAUGGAACAGAAGUGAUCAAAGAGUGGAUGGGAGAGUGAACUAAAAUAUAGAUAUCUGUGCUUUUUUACAGCAUGACUUCCAAACCAUGGGAAAUGCAAUGCACCAAGAAUAGCCUUUUUUUCUGCAGCAUUUAUACUGAAUUUAAUAGGAAAGACAGUAAACUUGUAAAUUAAGCAAGUUAGAGAUAUAAUAUUUAAAAAACAGAAUUAUGAUUUGCAGUCAAACUGUGUCAAACUAAUUAUUUCCAUUUUAAUAAUUUGUAAAAAAGGAAAAAAUAAAUUGCUUGGAAAAAAAACUGCAGCACUAAAAAUAAAAUUCCAAAUAUAA